CGAGCUAUCUGGGGCGGAGAAAAUGUGCUGUCGUCUCCCGUGCACCUGCCACACAAGCACACAAGUCACGUCAUGCGUUUCGCCGUGCUCCAGAAGCACUGAUGCACGCACUGAGAAUGAGGGAUGAUUUAAACCGCGAGCCUGCCGCCCUCCCGUGCAUGCCGAACAGCGCAGCUUUCUGCCUCUGCAUCGCGUGCAGCCGCGUUUCGGCAGAUCGCGGCGUGAUGAGGUAAAAGGCAGCGGAAGGAGGGGAAUAGCGAGGGAUCCGCGAGCUUUUCUUCGCCUUCCUCACACGCGCACGCAUAAACCUCACGCGUAAACCACUCCUCUUCUGGCGUUCCAUCAUCUGUCUCCAUCCCUCCGUCUCUCCCAUCUUCUGAACCGUACCGAAGGCAGGGGGAGAGAGGCGGUCAUCGUAUCCGUGGGUAGGGAAGCCAAUGGUUAACGUCCUUGGUACCUCUCUCUGCCACGGACCACCGAGGGGAAAGGUAUAUCUGCGAUGCUCGGCAAAGGCACGCUCCAUCCCCUCUCGCUCUCCUACUACGGAAUACAAGAUAAAGCGUUCGAGACGUGCACCCUCCCCGCGGGGUUUGGAGUGAUAUUUGAUUGAAUCAUAUGCUUGUCGUGAUCAUUGGCGACUGACGGGAAGCGCUUCUGUCACUGCGACUCUAUGGGGAUCGCUCCGUUUUCGGACAGCGGGAGAGCAUUGCUCUUGAAAGAGACUCCUAUUAUGCGCAGGCAACUGCACGAUGGUCCUUGAAUUUGUCUCAAGACUAACGGCUCGGUUUGGAAUUACAGUUGGAUUCUGAUUGAUUGGCGCUCGCGAACCAUCGAUGGAUAAUCAUUCAACAAUUCAACUGCAGUGCCUGGAGAUGACGACCAAGAGGAAGAUCAUGGGUCGGCUGGUGCCCUGCCGCUGUUUCCGUGGUGAGGAGGAGGUCAUCUCGGUGCUGGACUACUCCCACUGCAGCCUGCAGCAGGUGCCCAAGGAAAUCUUCAGCUUUGAGCGCACCCUGGAGGAGCUCUACCUGGACGCCAACCAGAUCGAGGAGCUGCCCAAGCAACUCUUCAGCUGCCAAGCACUCCGGAAGCUGAGCAUGGCGGACAACGACCUGUCCAACCUGCCCACCACCAUCUCCAGCCUCGUCAACCUCAAGGAGCUGGACAUCAGCAAAAACGGCAUUCAGGAGUUCCCAGACAACAUAAAGGGCUGCAAAUGUCUCUCUGUGGUGGAAGCGAGUGUCAACCCGAUAACAAAACUCCCAGACGGAUUCACGCAGCUCAUCAACCUGACACAGCUCUUCCUCAAUGAUGCCUUCCUCGAAUCCCUGCCCCCAAACUUUGGGAAACUCUCCAAACUGCGCAUUCUGGAGCUCAGAGAGAAUCACCUGAAAACGUUGCCAAAGUCCUUACACAAGCUGACACAGCUGGAGCGGCUGGACCUGGGCAGUAACGAGUUCUCGGAGCUGCCCGAUGUCCUGGAGCAGGUCCAACACCUAAAGGAGAUAUGGAUGGACAACAACUCCCUGCAGAGACUACCUGGGUUCAUCGGCCGGCUGAAACACCUCACCUACCUGGACCUGUCGAAGAACCGGAUAGAGUCCGUCGACUCGGACAUAUCCGGGUGCGAGGCUCUGGAGGAUCUGCUCCUCUCCUUCAACAGCUUGCAACAACUGCCCGACUCCAUAGGGAUGCUGAAAAAGCUCACCACUCUGAAAGUGGAUGAGAACCAGCUGUCCUCACUGCCCAACACCAUCGGGAGUUUAUCACAUUUAGACGAGUUUGACUGCAGCGGCAAUGAGCUUCAGUCCCUGCCUCCGACCAUUGGCUACCUGCACAACCUGCGCACCUUUGCUGCCGAUGAGAACUUCCUGUCUGAGCUGCCCAGAGAGAUCGGAAGCUGUAAGAACGUGACGGUCAUGUCUCUGCGCUCCAACAAGCUGCAGAGUCUGCCCGAGGAGAUCGGGCAGAUGACCAAACUGCGCGUCCUCAACCUGAGCGACAACAGGUUAAAGAAUCUGCCCUUUUCCUUCACCAAGCUGAAGGAUCUUUCUGCUCUGUGGCUGUCAGACAAUCAGUCCAAGGCGCUGAUCCCCCUGCAAUCGGAGGCCAAUCCGGAGACCAAGCAGAGGGUGCUCACCAACUACAUGUUCCCGCAGCAGCCCCGUCGGGACGAGGAUUACCAGUCAGACAGUGACAGCUUUAACCCUGCCCUGUGGGAGGAGCAACGGCAGCAGCGAAUGACAGUGGCUUUUGACUUUGAAGAGAAGGAUGAGGAGGAGAAUGCUGGGAAAGUUAAGGUGGAGAUAAACCUGAAGCGAUACCCAACCCCGUACCCGGAGGACCUGAAGAACAUGGUGAAGUCCAUACAGAACACGGUGGGCAAAGACGGCAGCCACGCCCUCAGCCCUGAUAAAGACGCCGCCCAAACAGGCAUGGAGCUCCACGGCAUGGACCAGUACGAGCACAAGUGGCCGACCGCAACCGUGACCGCGGCUGCAACCGGGCCCAAGGAGGCAAACGCAAAGGCAACUGAUAGAGAGGCUAAAGAAUUCCAGAAGACCAUGAGGUUGGAGCCAGGCCAGCGGCAUUCUGCGGAGAAGGAGGGAGGAGCAGAGGGCUCAGAGGACUCCCGAUGUGGUUCCCCGAAUGACAUCCGCAUUUCUGACAUGAGACCUACUCUGGUGGAGCCCCCCAUCUACAAGCCAAAGGCCAUCGUCCUGGGAAAAAACAAAAAAGAGUCAGCAGAGGAGUCAGACGCUGAUAAAGCGCAGUGCCUGAACACCAGUGGCUCCUCGGCUCCGUCCUCAGAGUACUCCCCCUCUCAGGCCUCCACCAUCUCCUCCAACCCCCCAGGGUCCCGCCCUGCCCCGCCCACCACCACUCAAGAGGCCACACCCACAACGCACUGGGCCAGCAGGUUUGGUCCAGCCCUGCCCCUGCUCUGCCAGAGGGAGACCCCACCCCCUGGCUCCCUACAGCCCCGCCCCCUCAGUGACACAUUCGACCGCUGGAACGUCCCACCACACUAUGACAACACGGCCUUCGUGAGCGAGGACUCUCCUUCGGCCCUGCCCCCUGCCAGCAGCUCCCGGCCCCCCAGCGCCUCCGGCCCCCACCGCAGGCCUCUCCUCCGGCAGGAGCGCAUCAUGGGGCUUCCCCUGGAUCUGGAGGGGUCACCCCACUUGCCCCGCGCCCGCCCCACAUCCCAAGUGCCUCCCCCACCCCCCUCCCGCUGGCACAAUUGGACCAGGACUCCCAGUCCUCUGGAGGAUCGCACGGCAUUCCCCUCCAAACCGGACUCCGCCCUUACUCCCAGCUCCGCCCCACAACCUGAGCGUGACUCCACCCAGCUGCCGGGCUCCUCUCCCUCUGCAGCAGACCCCUGGGGACCCCAGGAUCUGCAAAAUGCAGAAAGGGCACAGGGCCCCUCCUAUCCCCCGGAGGGCGCUCUUGUCCUCAGCAAGAGCACAGAGAGGCUCCAGGAAGGCCGAGGAGACCCCAAGGCCAAGUUCAAAAAGUCCCAGAGCAUUGAUGAGAUAGACGCUGCUCCCACCGUGUACAGCAUUCCCCUCGCCGAUGCCCAGGAUGGCAACCUCCCCCAGCCCCAGCCAAUCCCCCGUAGCCAGUCCGCCCCUAUGCUAGACGACGACACUUUGGGGGAGGCCCAGCCACAGGGUGGGGCACUUCCGCAGGGGGGCUACCAAACUGCGGCCGCUCCGCCCUUCCUGUGUUCACCAGAGGGUGUGGCCCAGGUGGGCAGAACCCCACCCAGAGGAGGGCAGAGAGGGUACCUACCUGGCGAGCCACUGCUCUCCCCAGUAGGCCUGGGAAUGGGUGUGGCCCACCAGGGCCCCACCCCCAGGUCAAGGCCGGGCCUCCUGCGCCGGGCGGACUCGCUGGUAAGCUCGGCUGAGUUGGCUGUGUUCCGGCGGGCGAUGGAGGCCCAGCAGCCGCAGCUGGCCGAUCGCAGCAGUCGGCUGCUCUACCGGAACCUUCCGGAACAACAACAGCAGCAGCAGGGCGCACCCGCUCCAGCGCCUGAUUCCCACUACCCCCGCCGGGAUACCCGCUAUGUUGGGCAAGAGCCCAAAAAAGCACCCCCCGCUGCUCCCCCGGGUUACCCCACCAAGAGCCUGCCCCAGCGCCGCCCCAUGUCGGCUCGAAGCUUCAGCACUGAGGGGUACGGGGGGUCCCAGGCGCGCCCCAUUUCGGCCCGCCCAUCUAUGGCCGCUCUGCUGGAGAAGGGUUCUGUCGACCACACCCUCAGUCCCUGCCUAGAACGUAGCGGGGAGACCGAACUGCACCUGCGCUCCGACGUGCUGUCCCCACACCUGCGCUCCGACGUGCUGUCCCCACACCUGCGCUCCGAUGUGCUGUCGUCACACCUCCGCUCUGAUGUGUUGUCGCCACACCUCCGCUCUGAUGUGCUGUCGCCACACCUACGUUCUGACCUGCUGUCGCCACACCUGCGCUCCGAUGUGCUGUCCUCACACCUGCGCUCUGAUGUGCUGUCGCCACACCUAAGGCCUGAUGCUCUCUCCUCUCACCUAAGGCCCGAUGCUCUCUCCUCUCACCUAAGGCCUGAUGUUCUUUCCGCUCAUCUAAGGCCUGAUGCUCUCUCUGCUCACCUGAGACCUGACGCUCUUUCUGCUCACCUGAGACCUGAUGCUCUCUCCUCUCGUAUGCCUACAGACUGGAGACAGCAGGUGCUAAGGCAUAUUGAAGCCAAACGUCUGGACAGGGGCUCUCUCUUAGAAAAGGAGCAGGAGGACUUGUCUCCCAUGAGCCAGUGGGGUUCGUACGCUCUUGGCAGGAGAGAUGUCCCGCCAGAAAGUCUCAUCCGAAAGACGGGUGGUCUCCCGCACACCCAAGCGAUGAUGAUGUCAUCAGGGGCGGGGCAGAGUAUGCCAUAUGAGGGUGUGGUCAGUGAGGUCCCCUUCCAGCAGUAUCAGCCCCCCAUGCCCACGGCCCCUCCCACCAGCUCCCGCCCCCAGAGCGCCCGCUGCCCCCCUCAAACCAAAGGACCCAAGAACAGGGAUGGGUACCAGGAGCAGGUGUGUGUGCGGAUAGAGAAGAGCCCAGGUCUUGGUGGUCUUGGAUUCAGUAUCUCAGGAGGAAUAACUGGACAGGGAAACCCUUUCAGACCUUCAGACAUGGGUAUCUUUGUCACUAGGGUACAGCCUGAUGGUCCGGCUACCCACCUGCUGCAGCCCGGAGACAAAAUACUAAAGGCCAACGGACACAGUUUUAUAAACCUGGAGCACACGACUGCUGUGUGUCUGCUGAAGAGCUUUCACAACCCUGUGGAGCUGCUUAUCUCCAGGGAGGGGCGGGCCUGAUCAUUUACCCAUAAGCCCCUCUGAGUGAACGCUGGCAUAUCUCACCCAACGCAUUUUACCAACAGGACAGUAACCUUUACCAAUUGCUGGUUCAAUGGUAAACCCUAGUGCCAAAUCUACUGGAGGAUGCAUCUCACACCAUCAGGUGUACAUAAAGGGUUCAGGCCUGAUGGUGAGGGUGUGAGGGGGUGCAAAUAUUUAUUAUGUUUUUGAUUUUUUAUUGUUUCUGUGUGUGUGUGUGUGUGUGUGCGUGUGCGCGUGUGUGUGUGCGUGAGUGUGCACGUGUGUGUGCGUGUGUGCGCACGUGUGUGCGUGAGUGUGUGUGUGUGUGUGCAUGUGCGUGUGUGUGUGUGUGCGCGUGCGCGCGUAUGUGUGCGCGUGCGUGUACGUGCGUCAGCGUGUUUGUACAUGUGUAAUCUUUCUUCGUUUUUAUGACGUAUUACGUUUCCUUGUUUAAUGGCGUAGUUUUCCGAUUCGAUUUGAAAGACUGAAAGCACACAUGCUCUGUAGGCUUCGCCGUCACUGUGGACACUGCCUCCAUCCUGCAUUCGCCUCCAUCAGCAUUUAAAAGGAACCCGAAUGGACGUUCAGCACAAGGCCAGGCUGACACCGAGAAGAAUGUGCUAUUUGCUAUUUUCCUAAAUGAUUCAAUGUACUUUUAUUGAUUGUUCAUGUCCCUGACCUGCAAACUCUCCAGACACCAAUUCAAAGGCGUUUUUGAAGAUACCAGUUCAGAUAAGAGUGGCCCUCGGAUGCAUCUGAAUGCGAUGCCAUGCUACCUGUUCAGUGUGUCCUGAUGUUGCUCUACAGGCCUCAUGCUUCUAGGCCCCGUGUCUCGUCACACCUUGUCACACGUCUCACGCCUGAAACGGUGAAGAGACAUGUUCCAGGCUGGGAGGGGCUGCUGCAGUCUGGUGAAACCAUGGAAACAUGGCGGUACAGUAUGUUGAUGUUUCCUCAACUUAGUCACAGAGGAAGAGGUUUGUGCCACAGAAUCAAAGAUCAAGGAAACUUUUAGAUUAAAGCUAAGUUGUGUCAAAACUAAAAAUAAUAAUAAUUCAUGUUUUCACUCAUUUUCUGGUAAAUCUGAAAAGUGUUCUUUUUGCCACAAAGACAGGUCAUUAUAAAGACAACUGGUGCCAUAGUCCUAUCGACAUGUUUAGCCUAUAUUACAAACCCUGGAAAGGUUACUUUACUUUAUAUCAGAACAAAUGUAGUUUUUUAAUGACAUUUUUAAGUAAAACAAAUCACUCAAAGCCUACUACUCUGUGGAAGGACUUUGACAAAUUUGUGCCUAGCUGUUUAAAGUUUGUACUGUCUUUGCUGAGAUUGUGAAAUUUUAUGUGGUAAAUUAUUUUUUAAAAAUGAAGGGAAACUAUUUAGGCCUGGAAAAGAACAGCUCUAUCCGACCUGUAUAAUACAAAAUAUUACUGCAGUAAUUGUGAAAUUGUGUUAUACAGAUAUAUGUAUAUGAACAUCAGAAUUAUCAUUUUUAUGCAUUUAGAAUAAAGCUAAAUAAAAGAUACCAAUAAGUGGUACUUCCCAGUCGACUUGCAGUACUGAUGUAAAUAAUUUUAAAUUGAAACACAUUUAGAACAUUGACAUAGUGAAUUUAUCCUACGCUUCUGCAGACUUACUGGACUCAAAAGCUAAUUUUUGUGCAAAAAAAUACUAUUUUAAUGGACACAGGAAUGAAAAUCUAAAGCAAAACGCGGUACAGCAGGGUGAUAGAGCCGUUUUAGGCUUUGGACGUGUGAUUUUGCACAAUAUGUUUAGGAAUAAUGUGACAAGUAAUAAAAAUGUUAUUUGAUUGUUAAAA